AUGUUGACAUCUUUGACUUUGGCUGUUUUGGCAGCUGUUCUUCCUUCUACGGAGGCUCUUGUCAGAGAAGAUGGUGUGGGGAGACUCCCUGCUCUGGGCUGGAAUUCGUGGAAUGCAUUCGCGUGCGACGUGAAUGCUACCGCUAUUCUUACGGCGGCAAAUGAGAUUGUCCAGCUUGGGCUUAAAGAUUUGGGAUAUGAAUAUGUGAAUAUUGAUGAUUGUUGGUCUGUACAGAACGUGCGCAACAGUACUACACAGCGCAUCAUUCCAGACACCACCAAGUUCCCAGAUGGCAUCUCUGGAAUUGCCUCCCAAGUCCAUGAUCUUGGAUUGAAGAUCGGUAUCUACAGUAGUGCUGGUGAGACCACCUGCGCGGGAUAUCCAGCUAGUCUCGGAUACGAGCAGGUUGAUGCAGAAGCGUUCGCAGAAUGGGGUAUUGACUAUCUGAAAUACGAUAAUUGUGGCUACCCAAGCAGCUGGGAUGACAAAUAUAACGCCUGCAUUCCUGAUGGCACGAUCGGGACGAAUCCCAAUGGGACGUGUCCUGAUCUGACAGACCCAGCACCAGCAGGAUACGACUGGUCAAAAUCUAACACUUCUAUCCGUUAUGAGCAUAUGCGUGAUGCACUACUGGAUCAGAAUCGGACAAUUCUCUUCUCUCUAUGUGACUGGGGUAAUGCCGAUGUGAACACUUGGGGUAAUGAGACUGGCAACUCGUGGCGCAUGUCUGGUGAUAUUACAGCUGAGUGGACCCGUAUUGCCCAGAUUGCGAAUGAGAAUAGUUUCUUGAUGAACUAUGUCAACUUCUGGGGUCACCCGGAUCCUGAUAUGCUGGAAGUAGGCAAUGGUAAUUUGACUGUUGAGGAGAACCGGGCCCACUUUGCUCUAUGGGCCAUUAUGAAGUCUCCGUUGAUUAUCGGUACUGCGCUCGACAAAAUCAGCGAUGACAACCUGGCUACGCUCAAAAACAAGUAUUUGAUUGAUUUCCACCAGGACCCCGUCGUCGGUCGUCCUGCUCAUCCAUACAAGUGGGGAUAUAAUCCCGAUUGGACUUUUGACCCAUCUCACCCUGCAGAAUACUGGUCCGGUCCUUCGUCUACCUUGGAGGGAACUUUGGUCUUGAUGUUCAACUCAGAGGACAAGACUGCAACCCGUACUGCGGUGUGGAAGGAGAUCCCGGAGUUGGGUGGUAAGAAGGAUUCAUACUAUGUUAUCGAUGCCUGGUCUGGAAAGGACUUAGGCUGUGUGAAGAAAUCGCACAGUGUUUCUUUGAAGAGUCAUGAUGUCUCUGUUCUUAUUGUCAAGGGCUCGUGUUAA